CGUGACUAGCGUUUGUGAUAGUCGGCUUAAAUCUAUUCUUAAAUAAUUUUUAUUAAAGUAAUACAAUUAUCUUGAAGAUGUUUCUGACACGUUCUGAAUACGAUCAUGGUGUUAAUACCUUCUCUCCAGAAGGGAGGUUAUUCCAAGUUGAAUAUGCUAUAGAAGCUAUAAAACUUGGUUCCACUGCCAUUGGUAUUGCAACAUCUGAGGGUGUUGUAUUAGUUGUGGAGAAACGUAUUACUUCUGGUUUAAUGGAACCCACAGCUGUAGAAAAAAUUGUAGAAAUUGAUAAGCAUAUCGCAUGCGCUGCAUCAGGUUUAAUAGCUGAUUCUAGGACUAUGAUUGAUCGUGCUAGAGUAGAAUGUCAAAAUCAUUGGUUUAUUUACAAUGAAAAGAUGUCUGUGGAGUCAACAGCACAGGCUGUAGCUAAUUUAGCUAUUAAAUUUGGAGAUAGUGACGAUGAUGAUUGUGAUAUGUCAAGACCAUUUGGUGUAGCAAUGUUAAUAGCUGGUAUCGAUGUAAAAGGACCUCAAUUGUAUCAUAUGGAUCCUUCUGGAACUUGUGUACAAUUUGAUGCUAAGGCAAUUGGAUCUGGAAGCGAAGGUGCACAACAAAAUCUCCAAGAAGUUUAUCAUAAGUCUAUGACAUUGAAAGAAGCAAUAAAAGCAGCUUUGGUUAUACUGAAACAAGUUAUGGAAGAAAAAUUGAGUGAUAAUAAUAUAGAAGUAAUGACAAUGACACCUGAGAAAAUGUUUCAUAUGUUUCCAAAAGCUGAAUUACAGGAGGUGAUUAAAGAUAUUGCUUAAAACCUAGAGCAUUCAAAAUAUGUUCAUUUUAUUAACACGAAUACAUACAUUUAUGAACAGAAGUGCGAAAUUUGUAUAUCUAUAAAUUACACGUACAUUUUUCAUUUCA